GGUUUCCGCCUCUCUCCUCUCCCGGUGCACUACAGCGGCUAGCUGCAGAAAUGUCCUCCGACAAGCAGAACGGAGCCAAACUCGGUCCCAUGGAGGAGAAUAAGGAGAACUCCUCGGACGGAGGACUCGGUCUCGAAAUCCUGCAGAUCAUCAAGGAGUCCCAGCAGCAGCAUGGACUCAGACACGGAGACUACCAGAGAUACAGGGGUUACUGCUCCCGCAGGCUGCGCCGCCUCCGCAAGACGCUCGGCUUCAAGAUGGGAAACAGACACAAGUUUGUUGGGAAGAAGGUCACGGUGGAGAUGCUGUCGGACAGCAGGCAUCUGCUGCUGGUGUUGAUGGAGGCGGAGCGGGCGUGGAGCUACGCCAUGCAGCUGAAGCAGGAGGCCAACACGGAGCCGCGCAAGAGGUUCCACCUGCUGGCGCGGCUGCGUAAGGCGGCCAAGCACAGCGAGCGGCUGGAGAAGCUUUGUGAGAGCCCCAACGUGGACGCCAAGACCAAGCUGGAGGCCCAGGCCUACACGGCGUACCUGACCGGGAUGGUGGAGUUCGAGCUGCAGGAGUGGAAGCUCGCCAUGGAGGCCUUCAACAAGUGCAAAACCAUCUACGAGAAGCUGGCGAGCGCCUUCACCGAGGAGCUGGCCGUGCUGUACCGCCAGCGCGUGGACGAGAUCUCGCCCAACAUCCGCUACUGCGCUUACAACAUCGGUGACCAGAACGCCAUCAACGACCUGAUGCAGAUGAGGCUGACGGGCGGAGGAGGAGGCAUGAUGGCCGAGAAGCUGGAGGCCCUGAUCACCCAGGCCCGGACCAAGCAGGCCGCCACCAUGAGUGAGGUGGAGUGGCGAGGACGGACGGUGCCGGUGAAGAUCGACAAGGCUCGCGUCUUCCUGCUGGGCCUGGCCGACAACGAGGCCGCCAUCGCUCAGGCGGCCCAAGAGGAGACCAAAGAGCACCUGUACGAGACCCUGCUGGCCGAGUGCAGAGACACCAUCCAGGCCGUGAGGGAGGAGCUGAAGACCGAGGCGAAGCAGCGAGAGAGGAGCUCUGAAGGCGACGGCGGGAAGGUUUCCAACCUCCAGUACCUGCACAGCUACCUGACCUACAUCAAGCUGUGCACCCUGGUGAAGAGGAACGAGAGCAUGGCUCACACUCUGCACGGCAAGCUGAAGGAGACGGAGGCCGACGAGUACAAGAGGGGCCCCCGGCCCCAGGACCUCAUCCGGCUCUACGACAUCAUCCUGCAGAGUCUGGCCGAGCUCUCCACCCUGCAGGGCCUGGAGGACGACCACACCUUCCAGAAGGAGGUGUCCCUGAAGACGCUGGUCUACAAGGCCUACAGGUGUUUCUUCAUCGCUCAGUCGUACGUGUUGGUCAAGAAGUGGAGCGAGGCGCUGGUGCUGUACGAGCGGGUGCUGAAAUACGCCAAGGAGGUCCAGUCCAAGGCCAAGAGCCUGAACAACAGCCUCAAGGACCUCCCCGACGUCCAGGAGCUCAUCGCCGAGGUCAGCGCUGAGAAGUACUCCCUUCAAGCUUCCGCCAUCUUAGAUACCGACGAGACGGCGGACGUUCCCUCGCAGCAGCAGCUGAAGGACAACACGCGCCUCUGCGACCGCCUGGAGACUUUCCGCCUGGACUCGUCCCUGGUGGGGAAGCAGCCCAACCUGGUCCAGUUCCCGCCCGAGUUCCAGCCGAUCCCCUGCAAGCCGCUGUUCUUCGACCUGGCGCUGAACCACGUGGCCUUCCCUCCGCUGGACGACAAGGUGGAGCAGAAGGGCAAGGGCGGCCUGACCGGCUACAUCAAGGGCAUCUUCGGCUUCGGCAGCUAGGCCACACAGACCCCCGUCCGAGUUUAACGACCCGCCGGACUCCCGGCCGUCGGCUGGAAUCAUCUCACCUCCUUUGUUUGAUUCCGAGGGAAUCAGUCCGAUCUGAAGGUUCUUAACUCUGACCGGUCAGGGGUCACGGCGGCGCUCCAGCCGCCUCCAACUGUAGUUAAACUCGGCUCGUUUGGCAUUCUUGGGUCUUCUCCCAUUCAUGUAAGCGCCUUUCAUCUUUGUUUUCCUUCGUGUGAGACGUUUUCAUCUUUUAUUUGUCUUUUUUCAGAUCCUGCAUGAAUCACCAGAACUAAUUUGACGAAGUGAUUUGAUUUUUUUAUUUUUUUUGUUUCCAUUAUCGCAUCUUGAGCUUCGUCCUUCGUCUCACGUUAGCCCGCGAUGAUUAAGCCUGUACGACUGAAGACGCCGCCACGGGCCUCAUGUCCCCCCCAGGACGCCUUACAGACGCCUCUGAGGGAACAAAAACCCGGUGUCGGUCGACAGAAUCUUACUGCUUUCAAUUCAAAUAAAUUUCGUUUUUUCUGAA